CGGAUGGCAAAUCAAACGGCCGUGAGAGAAUUUGUCUUCUUGGGGUUCUCCCAUUUCCCCGAGCCCCAUGCUCUGUUCUUCGUCUUGUUCCUGACCAUGUACGUCACCACCUUGUUUGGAAACGGCCUCAUCCUGGCUACGGCUUUUCUGGAUUCCAGCUUCCACACGCCCAUGUACUACUUCAUUCGGCAUCUCUCCUUCCUGGACAUGUGCUACACCUCGGUCACUCUGCCCCACGUGCUGAAAAACUUGCUGGCCGAGUCAAAGACCAUUUCCUUCCAGGGCUGCCUGGUCCAGCUUUACUUCCUGGUGGCCUUUGUGGGAGUGGAGUGCCUUCUUCUGGCCGUGAUGGCGUACGACCGAUACGUCGCCAUCUGCCAUCCCCUCACGUACACCCUCCUCAUGAACCGAACGCUAUGCGCCCAGUUGGUGGGAGCCUCGUGGGCCUGCGGCCUCCUCAACUCAGUGCUGCACACAGCCAUGACCUCUCUUGUGCCCUUCUGUGCCUCUCACAAUCUGGACCAUGUGUUCUGCGAUGUCCCUCAGCUGCUCAAGCUGUCUUGUGUGGACACUUUCCUCAACCAAAUCACAUUGCUGGCAGUAACGCUGCUGCUUGGGGCCAGCCCUUUCUUCUGCAUCCUGGUUUCCUACGUCCACAUUGCCGCAGCGGUCUUGAGGAUCCGCACGUCCCAGGGCCGCCGCAAAGCCUUCUCCACCUGCGCUUCCCACCUCACGGUAGUCACCUUAUUCUACACCACCUGCAUGUUUAAUUAUAACCGGCCCAGUUCAAGUCACCCUGCGUAUCUCGACACUCUAGCAUCUGUGCUUUACAAUGUGGUGACCCCAAUGUUGAACCCCAUCAUUUAUUGCCUGAGGAACAAAGAAAUGAAGGAGGCUCUCAAACGAGCGUUCAGACCCAAACAGUCACUGUCCCUGUGGCUCCAGUAG